AUGUCAACGAUUCCAACGGCAGAGCUUCUUACGGCUGAUGUUGUACAAGUUAAAGUCGGUGCAUGCUCUGACUCCGGCAACAUAACCAAAGCGCAAGAUAAGAAAACCCAAACACCUCAAAAAGUGGCUAUACAGACCGGAAUGGAUCAGUACAUUACCAUCAAGCUAUUCCCGCAAACUGGUAAAAACUUCCCCAAAAAGUUUCAAAAUCGACAAUCACCUAAAUUUCUGCCUAAACGGCAACAAUUUGGGCGAACUAUUGCAGAUCACCAUCAUAAACUGAAUGAUUAUAGUAAAUAUAUAUCAGACUCAAAGUCUCGGAAUAUAGACGAGGAUGAACAGCCAUGUUCUUCAUGUGGUGGCAAGAAUAAGAAACCUCCCACAAAAACUGACAGCAAUAUAAUGACUAGGAAUAUUAAAUGUAAUUGCAAAGGAUAUCAACAUGAAUGUCUAUGCAGCCCGAGAAAAGCUCCACGCUCAUUAUACGAUACCUGGUAUUCAGUCUUCAACAUGAAUGCGCCCUUGCCGUUCCUAACAACGAAAUUGAGGAUAUUCCGCAAAAAGAAAAAUAUUUGGUUCCAAACUGCUCCAUCAAUAACGUAUUUAUUACAUUUUUAA